UUCUCCUCCAUCUUCUUCCAACUCUCUCUCUCUCUCUAUCUAUCUCAUUCUCUCUCUCUCUCUCUCUCUCUCUUCUUGCCCGAACGCAUCGGGUCUCAAAAUCCAUUGAUGCAGACCCUGAUCUUUCUCUACUAGCACUGAUCUAUACAUCUUAUUUUUUUUUUAAUAUACAAAUCUUGGGGGAUUACUCAUAAAUCUGUACAGCUAUGGCCGCCGCAGCCGUUUCCUCUAACCCUCGCACCGUUGAAGAGAUCUUCAAAGAUUAUACCGCUCGUCGUACUGCUCUUCUUCGUGCUCUCACUAAAGAUGUUGAUGAUUUUUACUCUCAAUGCGAUCCGGAAAAGGAGAAUUUGUGUUUGUAUGGACACCCAAAUGAGUCAUGGGAAGUGAAUCUACCAGCAGAGGAAGUGCCUCCGGAGCUACCUGAGCCUGCGCUUGGUAUCAAUUUCGCUAGAGAUGGUAUGCAGAGGAAAGAUUGGCUUUCUCUUGUUGCUGUUCACAGUGAUUGUUGGUUGCUCUCUGUUUCUUUCUACUUUGGUGCUCGCCUUAAUCGUAAUGAGAGGAAGCGGCUAUUCAGUCUGAUCAAUGAUCUCCCAACUCUCUUCGACGUAGUGACUGGUAGGAAACCCAUCAAAGACAACAAGCCAAGCUCAGAUUCUGGAAGCAAAUCCAGAAACGGCACUAAGAUGUUAAUCAACUUUUUUUUUUUUUUUCUUUAACCUUUUUCUUUUUAAUUUUAAAGCAUACAAAACUCUCUCUUUAUAUCUCCAGAAAGGGAUUUCAAGAAGUUGAGAGAGAGAGUAGCAGCUGUUUGAGUAAUAUUAUUAUUAUUCAUAUAAAAAAAAAAACUGAGUUGUUCCAUCAAAUGUGUCAUGGGAUUUGUAUAAUGUAGUCACAAAUCUUUAAGCAUUGAACUGUAUUUUACACUU